AUACUACUGACAUUGUUGAAACACAAGCAAAAAAAAAAGGAAAGAAAAGAAAAGAAAAACAGAAAUCUACAUGUAAAUAAAUACAAAUAACAUUUUUAUAUAAACAACGUCGCUUCAUUUAUUCUUCUCCAAUCAUUUUUAUAUCAUAAUUUAUCUAUUUCUUUCAUUGCUCUUUUUAUUACAUGUGUUAUCGUAUAAGAAUAUUAUUAAAUUUAUAAUAUUUCUUUUUUAUAAUAAAUUUAUAAAAGAGAGAGAGAGAGAGAGAGAGAGAGAGAGAGAGAGAAAGGCAGAAGAGAGUAAUAUCUUUAAAGAAAAAAAAAAAUGGAUAAAUGUUACGGUAAGGUGUAAAGUUGUAUAUACAUAUAUACAUACACAUGAUAAGCCAGAAUUAUCACAUAAGAAAAGAUCAACACAGUCUUAUCGGUUGUUGACGACGAGUCGUAUUUCUUGCUUCACGUAGCAGUAUUAAUACGGAGCUGUGCUUGAACGGUUGUGUCCAACGAUCGUGUGCUCGUAUAUUCAUCGUUCGAUAUAAUCUUCUAUUCAACAACAUGAUGAAUGUACCGUUCACUUUUCGAGGAUUAAUGGCUCCUGUAUUUACGCCAUUCUCUUCUAACGGGGAGUUAAAAUUGGAUAUCGUACCAUCGUAUGCGAAUUAUUUAGCUGAAUAUGGAAUCAAAGGAAUUCUUGUUAAUGGAACAAGUGGAGAAGGUACGUCGAUGAACUUACAAGAAAGGAAAUCAGUUGCGGAAGCUUGGUCGCAAACAGUGAAAUUUACAAAUCAACAUUUGAUGGUUCAAAUAGGUGGUGCAUGCUUACCUGACGUAAUCGAAUUAGCCAAACACGCAGAAAGUAUAAAAGCAAAUUCUAUACUUUGUUUACCCGAACUGUACUUCAAACCAAAUACGUUACAAGAAUUAAUCGAUUAUCUGAAAACAAUAGCUCAAGCGGCACCAAAUACACCCUUAUUGUAUUAUCAUAUACCAUCCUAUACAAAUGUUAACAUACACAUGGGACAAUUUUUAGAAUCUGUACGAGACGAAAUUCCAACGUUCGUAGGUAUUAAGUUUACGAGUACUGAUCUAGUAGAAGGUUCACAAGCAUUGCACAUUAACAAUAAUCAAUAUGUAAUAUUUCUUGGUUGUGAUCAGCUCAUCUCAGCUGGUUGCGCAUUAGGAAUUAAUUGUUUUAUAGCUACGAGUAUAAAUGUAUUUCCAAAACUGGUAAAAGAAUUGAUCGAUGCGAAUAAUUCAGCGGAAUUGUUACUAGCUAAAAAAAAACAAGAAGCUUUAACGGAGGCCGUUAAUAUCGUAUCGAAAUAUGGUAAUUGGGUCCAAACGAUGAAACACGCUAUGAAGGUUAUUAGUAUGCUUCAAGUUGGACCACCGCGUAAUCCAUUGAAACAACUUCCGGCUAAAUCUUUGAAAUGGAUGGAAGAAGACUUGAAAAAUCUCAAAUAUAUAAAUUAAUUCGUUAAUAAUAUUUAAUAUAUGAAUAUAAAAAUGAAAAAAGGGAUAUUCCGAGAAUUUCGGUUGAUAUAUCUAUUUAUAUCUUAUCUUGUUUCUUAAAUAAUACGGGAGAGGAACAGUGUUCAUUGAUCUAAUUCUAUAAUAUAUUAAAAAUAUAUAUUUUAAGAAAAAAU